AUGUGUAUACAUAGGGUGGAAUUAUUAAAGGUCCAUCUCAUAAGGUUGCCAUAUGUGAGCUCAUACUUUGUCAAGCUCUCAGCCCAGAUCCUGGCAUGCAGUAGGUGCUCAAUCAAAGAGGAUUCAUGUUAUUAUUAUUAUUACUUUCCUCUCACCUUGAAUUGCCCCUUUCUUUUCUUCCUUUUUUAUUCCCAACAAAUCCUGCCAGGUGCCUGGGGUUCAGAUGACUGUGACCUCUUUAGCUGUUUGUGUAAGCCUGUCUCUCAAAGAAAACAGCCUCCCCAGGCAGAAAUAUGCCCCAAACUUUGUGCAUGUAAAUCAACAAUUCUGCACAAAGUGAGGGUAAUUAAUAAAUGA